AUGUCCACCUUUACCUUUGUCGCCCUCGUCCUCGCCUUUGUCAGCAUCGGCGGCGUCCUCCAGGGCACCCGAUUCACCACGUUUAACAAUUCCGUCCUUGAACGCCGGGAGCAGAUACAUCGCGAGGCGAGCAUGGAGCUGAGACGCAGCCAACACGCGACCAUGGGUGCCGACCGGCAGGAGCGCAUUCGCACCUUUUUGGAACACCGCAUGUCCACCAUUGACGGCGAGCGAUCCUAUCACCGUCUCCUCCCUCCCGCAGACAACUGCUCCCCUGACACGCAUGAACGGGAGCUUGGGCGCAUGGUUCUUUACGGGGGGCUUCAUUCUCGUCUGUUCUUGCCUGUACAUAUGGUCGCCAUGGACAUGCAUGGGUUCUAUGAGGUACCUACUGUCCAUGUAACCGCCAUUCGCAUGAGGGGAGGCGCAUGGCAUAAUUCCGAGUACACUACACCAAUACUUGCCCCCUCACACGCCACACUACACCAAUACUUGCCCCCUCACACGCCACACUACACCAAUACUUGCCCCCUCACACGCCACACUACACCAAUACUUGCCCCCUCACACGCCACACUACACCAAUACUUGCCCCCUCACACGCCACACCCGUACACCCCACUUCCGCCCCCUCCAAAGAAAACCCGCGCAACCAUCUUCAAUACCACGCACCCUAUCCCCCUCCAUUCCCCUCCAUUCCCCUCCAUCUCUCUUCUUGGGCUUCGAAGGUGUACUCUAGCCAGUGCUUACUCUGCACUGGCUAGAGUAACCGGCCUGGCUGGGGUGUGGACAUGGGUUGGUGUGGGUGUGGGUGUCAAGGGAAAGGAAGGGACGCUGGGCGCGCUAGUGCGUGUGGUGCAGUGUGCGCUUGGGUGGAUGCGGUUAGACUGCUGGAUUGGUCGGGUGGGGGCUGCAUGUGGCACGGGUGUGGAUGGCUGCCGGGGGGUUGGUGAGGGCGGUGAGGUUGUUGGUGAGCUGUUGUGCUUGGAAGAUGAGAUUUUUCCUGAUUCGCAAUCAAUCAUCUGUGGCUGUGAUGAGACUGGGAGGCGUGGUGACGAGGGGAAUUAG